AUGCCUCACGCCAUCCCGCGGGAGCCUCCCUUCAACCUGUUCGCUCCUACCUCGCACAGCUCCUCCAAGCUCGACACAACCAUGCAGCUGCCCUAUCCCAGGAUAUCCAACGGCUAUGAGCAGGACUCGCUGCGGACAGCUCCGAGAGCACCUCUCACCCCUCCCGACCUCCCAGGCUCAGCAUCACAGCCACAAGAAGCCCUAGCCCUUCAAGGCAGCAUCACAGCACAAGACAUGGCACAGACACCGCGGAAAAAGUGGUCAAUAUCACCCAACCUUAGGAUACCGCCAACUAUUAGCACACCGCAAGAGGGUCUUCCUCAACUCGCAGCAGAGGUGACAUGCCUCUUCUGGUUUGAGAGCGCCUCAACUCUCCAGCAAGUGGUCGAUACCUCGUCCCCACGUCAACCCCUACAACCUCUUGUCCCCGAUGCACAUCCUACAACCGGAUUCCGCAAAUGGGUAGCAACCAUCUUGACCACCACACAGGUUGCUCAGAAUGUCAUUCUCUUGGCAUUGCUGUUCAUCUACAGGCUGAAGCAGACCAACCCCACAGUCAAGGGUAAGCCAGGCAGUGAAUAUCGUCUCCUAACUGUAGCUCUCAUGCUGGGCAACAAGUUUCUCGAUGAUAACACAUAUACGAACAAGACAUGGGCAGAAGUCUCAGGCAUCUCGGUACAAGAGGUGCACAUCAUGGAGGUUGAAUUUCUCAGCAACAUGCGUUACAGCCUAUUUACAUCAAAGGAGAAAUGGAACGAGUGGCACGGCAUCCUCGGCAAGUUCGGCACUUUUUUCGAUCGAGCCUCCAAGAUCCCCGCCUCUGGUGCGAUAAGCCCAGUUGGAUCCCAGCAUAUGCUUGGAGUGCCGCCCAACUUUGUCCCGUCGCCACCUACCCAGCAACAAACUUCUCCGCCUACAUCCAUGAUGUAUUCGCCCAGCCACAUGGCCUUUUCCAAUACCCCGCUUUUGCAACCACAGGUCACAUCAGCCACCGUUUCUCCGAUUGGCGCUCUUCCUGAACUUGGGCCCAUUCAGCGUAAACGCAGCGCUGACUACUCCGCCGAGCCACCAGCGAAGCGACAGGCUCACGGAUUUGCGCCUGGUCCCUACAGCAAUGCACCACCGAUCCCUACCCUGCAAACGCCCAUCAAUAGGUCCUUUGAGCCACCACCGUCCGUUAACCGGCUGCCGCCUCUCCCAAGCCUUUCCAUACCUCCUCUACAGCAGAUGCAGCCUGCACAGACAAAGAACUGGUCGGAGCUUCCACUUCCGGUUGCAGGUGGUCGCUCGAUGGCUAUGGUAUAUCCUCCUCCGGUUCAAUGGCAACAGCCCAAUAGCACACCGACUACCUCGGCCCCACCUCCUUUCCCUCAUAAUUACACACCGACUACCGAUCCCUCUCGCCAAGUCAGUCCGUAUCCUCAGUCAGCUGGUUCCUCGCCUGUGAGCGCUUCGUAUCCAGCGACCAAUUCCAGGCAGCUGUCGCCGUCCCAUUUCUUGAACCAGCGUCAAUCUCCAUAUCGACCGGUCAGGGGUGUGCAGACAUUGCUUGUGCCACCACCAUCUACAUCCAUUCACAAUCCGGCACGGAACAUUGGUUACGACCAGAUGCAAUAUCAACCUCUUGGCCGACCCAUGACAGAUCGGCGCUCUGGUCUCUUGCCGUACAUGGAUCGCAGUGCAUGGCCCGAGACUAACCAGUUUAACCAACUUCCCGUCCCUCAACAGCCAGUUUUUAGAUAA